AGAAAUGUCCAUGUGCCUAAAGCCUCCGUGGUCUCCAUGCUGAGAUGCGGCCGGAUCCGGGACUGGCCCCGGGCCUUGGCCGGCCGGCUCUUGGGCUCCCUCCGCAGCGAUGGUUCAUCUAAUGGGGCAUCGCUGCCAGGGCGUGGCCACCGGGGGCUGUCAAGGUGCUAGGCUUGUGUGCUGGGCGCAUCCCACCUGGGGCCUCCUGCCCCCUCCAGCGUCCCUUCUCUUUCUGAAUUGGGGGCAGGAUUCUCCUUCCCUGUCCCGAGCCCUGGGGCCGCGUUGCUGCACGCGGUAAGCAGCGGCCGGGCUCUGCCGCAGAGGUGGCUGCCUGUCGGAGGCAUGAGAAGCGGUUCCUGGGUGCAGUUUGCAAAGCGCCCUGAGAUCAGUUGACAUGAAGGAGAAGAGGUCGCUCCCUUGUAGCGGCCGGAGCUUCCUCGAGAGCACGGCCAGCCCUGGGCUGGAGCCAGGUUCCCUCUCUGAAAAGGAAAGUGAAAAGUGAGGCUUGGCUUUCACUUCCUCCCGGCAGCUCCCUGGCUCAGGCACCUUGCAGCCUGACGGGCAUUAUGGCCCCAGCCACCCCCCAGCUCACCCACCUUGAAACCCAGCACUGCUCAGCUCCGGGAGCGAAGGAUUUGCCCAAGGGAAGGAGCAGGGCCCGGUUCCUGAGAGCAUUGCCGAGAAGUGCCCCAUGGCACCCGAAGACGCGGAGCCUGGCAGCGGGGUGUACUCCUGCUUCAUGAGGUCCCAUCGCUGCUACGACCUGAUCCCCACCAGCUCCAAGCUGGUCGUCUUCGACACCUCCCUGCAGGUGAAGAAAGCCUUCUUCGCGCUGGUCACCAAUGGCGUGCGGGCCGCCCCGCUCUGGGACAGCAAGAAGCAAAGCUUUGUGGGGAUGCUGACCAUCACUGACUUCAUCAACAUCCUCCAUCGCUACUACAAGUCGGCCAUGGUUCAAAUCUACGAGCUGGAGGAGCAUAAAAUCGAAACAUGGCGAGAGGUCUAUCUGCAAGACUCCUUCAAGCCACUGGUCUGCAUCUCCCCCAGUGCCAGCCUCUUCGACGCCGUCUCCUCGCUGAUCCGGAACAAGAUCCACCGGCUGCCCGUCAUCGACCCGGACUCCGGGAACACGCUCUACAUCCUCACGCACAAACGCAUCCUCAAGUUCCUCAAGCUCUUCAUAGCGGAGGUCCCAAAGCCGGAAUUCAUGGGCCAAACCCUGGAGCAGCUGAAGAUCGGCACCUAUGCCAACAUCGCCCUGGUGCGCGCCAACACGCCGCUGUACGUGGCCCUGGGCAUCUUCGUGCAACACCGUGUCUCCGCCCUGCCUGUGGUGGACGAGUCAGGUCGGGUCGUGGACAUUUACUCCAAGUUUGACGUCAUUAACCUGGCGGCCGAGAAGAUGUACAACAACCUGGACGUGACGGUGACGCAGGCCCUGCAGCAUCGCUCGCAGUACUUCGAGGGGGUGCUCACGUGCUACAAACACGAGACCCUGGAGACCAUCAUCAACCGCCUGGUGGAGGCCGAGGUCCACAGGCUGGUGGUGGUGGAUGAGAACGAAGUGGUGAAGGGCAUCGUCUCCCUCUCUGACAUCCUGCAGGCGCUGGUGCUCCCGGGCGGGCCGCAGCCCUGAGGGGGGCACCCCGCUGCCUGUUCUGAGACUGUCGCCGCGGUGGGGCUCUGAGGGACAGGGACCAUGGAUGCCAGGCCCCCCUGGCCACCCAUCACCCGCUGGCCCUGCCCUGCUCCACCAGCAUCACGCCUCCCGAGCCGCAGCCCCCCAAGCAGGCGGGAUGGGGGGGCUGCACGCCAGCCAAAAGCCAGCAAUAAGCCCACCCAGUUCUCCCAGGCAGGCUGGGCUGCUCCAUCCAUAGGGAGUGGGGCAGGGCUGGGCCCCCAGGCCCUACCAGGGCAUCAACACCAUGUGUUGGGCAUCACUUGGCCGGGGAGAUCCUAGCUGGGCACCCUGCACUGGUGCUGCCAGCCCCUCCUGAAAUGGCCAGGGAAGCCCUGUGUGAUCAGCUGCCCCACGGUGCUGGCCUGUUCCCAUGUCUGCGCCCCUCCCCCCCGGGGGCUGGAACCGUUUCUUUAUUUCAUCCCCCUCUCCCCCCGGGGGUCAGAUCUCAACCAGCUCCUGCCCUGCAACGCCACACGGCCCUGCCCCCGGGCAUCUGAAACUGCCCUCCCCCCAUACCCCAGUGAUUUCCCCCCUUCCCUUAAGAAAGUCCAAACUCUGUUUUUACUGAGCACUGUUUUUGUAGCCUGUUGCUGGAGCCCCGGCCUGGGGCAGGGGCCUCACUCACUCGUCCUCUCGCUGGCCCAGGGUGGGGACCCGUCUUUAGUCGGAGUCUGGGCUGGUGGCCGUUGGGAUGUGGGGGUGAGGAGACUCCCAGGGGCUUGUGCCUGGGACCCCGCCCCCACAGUAUCUGCACCCAUCACUGCUCGGUUAUUGUAAGUCUGCAAUAAAAAUCCGGCCGCGUGUCUAGAUGACGCUA